AUGGUGCACGCGCGCCUGAGAGGCGCGGCGGUCGUUGAGGCCUCACCCUCGGAGUCGCACUUUUUUGCUGUGCACGGAGAGUCACUAAAACGGUCACUAGCAACUCGCUUCGUCCUGGUUUUCUUGCUGUUACUCGCGAGCACAGCAGGGCUAUCUGGUUAUCCGUCACCCUUUGUGAUCCAAGCAGCGGCCGCGACUCCAAAUGUUUCAGAGUGUGUUGUGCAGGACAGCGGGGGUCAAACAACGUGUACCUGCGUGUCGACAGAUGAUAGAGAUCCAAAGGAGCUUCAGGCAACACUGUCGUCAACGAAAUCUGUUCUGCAGUUGGUGUGCCAAACGGGUCUAACAUGUGCGCCAGACGAGCUGACCCAGAAACAAGUAUGCCCAGAAAACACACCAGACCUGACGAAGUGCAAGAACGAUCAGGGCAAUCCUAAAUGCAUCGAUGUCACAACCCUGCUCGCCGGCUCCGCCGAAAGCAUUGGAUGGGAGGCCGUUCCAGAAGUGAAAAAUGUGAAAGCGAAAAAAUUAAGCAUUCCGCGCGAGAACCUCCCCUAUAGCGACAAAAAGUUCAUUGUUGGGUGCCUCUCGACUCCCACUACCAACAAUACAGCCAAAUGUAAAUUGACUGUGACUCUUGAGGCGAGGGCAAGCGUGACAGAUAAGCAUACCGUCACUUGUGCCUACGGAAAGACCAGCAAUCCAACACACCAAACCGUCAAGCUAAGCCCCUCGCAAAACAGGUUCACAUUGGUGUGCGGAAGCGAAGGAGAAGUUCUCCCGACAGAUUACAAGAGCACAUACUGUUUUAGUGAGGAAGGAGGGAACGCCGCCAAGACGUGCGGUGGCAACUACACAGAGGUUAUCCCGGCGUACGAGAGCAGUUGGUGGAAUCAAGACUCAAGCAAUCACUCAUUUAGUUUGGUGAUUCCGCAGGACAGUUUUCCGGAGGAGGAAACGAAGAUCGUGGUUGGAUGUGGAAAGAAAGCUACUGGGUCAGUCGACCGUUCCAAGAAGGAAACAUCAGCAGAUUCGUCGAGUGUGUGUAGCGUUGAGGUGACGAUUGAGGGUGUGACAUCUUCCGCGUCUUUGUCUGUGGACACGGCAGGUGCCUUCUCUUUGGUUGUCGGUUUCGCGUCGCUGCUCACAGGGUUAGGUUGUGUGUUGUGA